AUGUGGUGGUUCCUCGUCAUUUUCUUGAUCCGAGUCAACUACUAUUUCGCAUGGAUAUUUGCCGACGCCGUCUGUAAUCUUUCUGGUUUCGGAUUCAGUGGUUAUGAUGACCAUGGUAAUGCCAAGUGGGAGCUCUGCACAAAUGUCAGGCCGUAUCAAGUUGAGGAGACAUUGGAUGGAUGGAAUAUCCAGACAGGCGGUUGGCUUCGUCGAGUAGCCUAUGAUCGAACACCGAAGAAGAUCAGAACCUUCGCUACUUAUGCGCUGUCAGCACUUUGGCACGGAAUCUCCGUUGGGUACUAUAUGACAUUCUUUACUGGAGCAUUGAUGACUCUCGCUGGUGCAACGUUCCGACGAUGUAUGCGAUAUCGGUUUUUGGAUUGCCCGAGGCAGAAGUUUGCCUAUGAUAUCUUGACGUUCUCUGCAACAAAGAUCGCCCUGGGCUACACGACGUACGCCUUUGUGACAAUGAACUUGAAUCCUGCCUUUUUUGUUUAUAAGCGAGUUUACUUCGUAGUGCACAUCGUCGCAUUCGCGAUAGUCUUCGUGCUUCCACGUUUCUUCCCACCGAAGCCAUCAGGUGACAAAUCGUCCUCCGUCAAGAAUAGCAACUCCAUUAUUCAGCCAUCUGAAGGGAAGAAGAAUAUAUAA